CAUUUGUGAAUCCCUCUCACAGUGCUGCAGACAGGGGCUGCCAUCACAUGCGGUGCGUCUGCAGGUGAGAGGGUGGCGCGCGGAACAUGUUGGACACCGAGAGGAAUUCAACCAACACCUCCUAAAAACACUAAUCGGAUUUUACUCGACUUCCUAAUCUGAUUUUAUUCCACGCUUUUCUUUUCAAUGCCCAUAUUUUUGUUGCCUAUGGAGGUGGCUCCUAAAAGAAAAAGAGAUUAUUGCAAAUGACUUGGAAGAGAGAAAGAGAGAAGCAGUUUUUUAAAGCAGGCAGGUCAUUUGCUGCAGGAGGAUCUGAGGAGCUCCGCUCAGUCCGCGCACACCACCGGCAGGAGAAGGAGUUUGGAAAACUGCGCGUGCCGUUCAGUGAUUCCCUGACCGUCUCGUGGACGCUGUCGGACAGAGGGAAUACUGCCUCACCCCUCAAAGAAGAAAUCUAAAGGCGAUUAUUCAAAGUGUGAGUUGAGUGACAUGGACUGAUGCGCGGACUUUUACGCGCCCUGCGUUCAGAUAUUUGAAGCACCAUCCGGAGCGCACGCAGCCCCCCUGACAGUUUUAUUACUAUUAUUGCCUUAAGUAAAAACUAACAUCCAGCGCAGGAGGAGGAGGAGAAGUCGCGUGCACUUGCUGCUUUUAACUGCAGCAGAAACGAGAGGAAGUCAACCGGAGGAUGAAUUAUCACGCAUCCCGACGCAAAGAGCUUCCGCUCUGAAUGAAAACAAGAUUUACUAAAUAAACUGAACCUGUCCAAUAGACGUCUUUACACUUUUUUUUUCAAUUCACGUGGACAUUAUUUUUCUUUUUGCAACCCGAACAAUGAGGACUAUUGGUGCAGUGGACUAUUGCUACUAUUGCAUGCUCAUUUUGCAGCUUGUGCACCAGCCUGCUGCAAAGCAAGUGCUCCGGUACCGCCUGGCUGAGGAGGGACCCGCAGAUGUCAGAGUGGGCAACGUAGCAGCCGACUUGGGCAUAGUGGCCGGCUCCGGUGAGGUGACAUUCACGCUCGAGUCGGGCUCCGAAUUUUUCAAAAUAGACAACAUCACAGGUGAGCUCAGCACGCAUGAGAGGCGGAUAGACCGCGAGAAACUCCAGCAGUGCCAAAUGAUCUUUGAUGAGAACGACUGUUUUAUAGAUUUUGAGGUGUCAGUGAUCGGACCGGCGCAGAGCUGGGUCGACCUCUUUGAGGGGAAAGUCAUCAUACUAGAUAUAAAUGAUAACACUCCGUCUUUCCCAUCCCCUGUCCUGACCCUGUCGGUGGAGGAAAACAGACCAAUUGGAACCCUUUAUCUGCUGCCCACAGCCACAGACAGGGAUUUUGGCAGGAAUGGGAUAGAGAGAUAUGAGCUCAUUCAGGACAAUGGGGAAAACUCUAGGCGCAUGGGGAAUUCUGGGGAUUCAUACUCCGGAAAGAGGAGAUUUGAGGAUGGAGCAAGCAGGAGCAGUGUCUUUGAGCUGCAAGUUGCUGACACCUCUGAUGGAGAGAAGCAGCCUCAACUCAUCAUUAAAGGGGCCCUGGAUAGGGAGCAGAGAGACUCCUAUGAGCUCGCCUUGCGUGUUAGAGAUGGAGGAGACCCCCCUCGCUCAUCUCAGGCCAUUUUGAGGGUAAUGAUCACUGAUGUGAACGACAACAGCCCUCGGUUUGAGAAAAGCGUGUAUGAAGCUGACCUACCAGAAAACAGCCCCCCUGGCGCCCCCAUUCUACAGCUGAAAGCGGCUGACGCAGACGUGGGGGUUAAUGGUCAAAUAGAGUAUGUGUUUGGAGCAGCCACAGAGUCCGUACGGAGGCUGCUGAGGUUGGAAGAGACCUCUGGGUGGCUGAGUGUUUUGCAUCGCAUUGACCGUGAAGAAGUGAGCCAACUGAGGUUCACAGUAAUGGCUCGCGACCGAGGUCAGCCGCCCAAAAUGGACAAGGCCACAGUGGUGUUGAACAUCAAGGAUGAAAAUGACAACGUCCCUGCUAUUGAAAUUCGAAAAAUUGGACGCAUUUUCCUCAAAGAUGGGGUAGCCAAUGUUGCAGAGGAUGUGGUGGUGGACACACCCAUUGCCUUGGUUCAGGUGUCGGACCGAGACCAGGGGGAAAACGGGAUAGUGACAUGCACAGUAGUAGGAGAUGUGCCUUUUCAGCUCAAACCGGCAAGUGAGAUGGAGGGUGAGCAGAAUAAAAAGAAGUAUUUCCUCCACACGUCUGCAUCACUGGACUAUGAGGCCACACAGGAGUACAAUGUGGUCAUUGUGGCUGUGGACUCUGGAAGCCCCAGUCUAGCAAGUAAUAACUCACUUAUCGUCAAAGUGGGUGAUACUAAUGACAACCCACCCAUCUUCAGCCAGAACGUAGUAGAAGUAUCCUUCCCUGAAAACAAUGCACCCGGUGAGAGGGUGACGAGAGUGACGGCUGUUGAUGCAGACAGUGGAAAAAAUGCUGAAAUAGCCUAUUCCCUAGAUUUAUCAGUGAAUGGCAUUUUCUCUAUUGAUGCAGACAGCGGAGACAUCCGAGUAAACACCAUCCUGGAUAGAGAGCAAACAGAGCGCUAUGAAUUUAAAGUGAUAGCUAAAGAUAAGGGCAUAAACACCCUUCAGGGUUCUGCAACUGUGGUUGUACUUGUAGCUGAUAAGAAUGACAAUGAGCCAAAGUUCAUGCAGGACGUGUUCACCUUCUAUGUUAAAGAAAAUCUAGAUCCAAACAGCCCAGUUGGCAUGGUUACAGUAAUUGAUGCAGAUAAACACCAGAAUGCAGAGAUGGGCCUUUUCAUUGAGGAGGAAGAGGAGAUCUUUUCUAUUGAAAACGAGACUGGGACUAUUUUUUCCACCCUGUCAUUUGACCGAGAACAGAAAACCACAUACACAUUCCGUGUUAAAGCUGUGGAUGGUGGUGACCCUCCCAGAUCUGCCACAGCUACAGUUUCCCUUUUUGUCAUGGAUGAAAAUGACAAUGCGCCAACUGUCACCUUCCCAAUAAACAGCUCCUACACCCUUCUUCCUCCCUCCAGUAACAUCAGAACGGUUGUCAGAACUGUUAUAGCCACCGAUACAGACACUGGAAUUAACGCAGAUCUGAACUACAGCAUCAUUGGGGGCAACCCUUUCAAGCUUUUUGAGAUUGAUGGGGGCACUGGGGUCAUUUCACUAAUGGCAAAGCUGGAGCAAAAGCACUACGGCCUCCACAGACUUGUGAUCCAGGUGAAUGACAGCGGGCAGCCUUCUCAGAGCACCACCACCCUGGUUCAUGUUUAUGUUAAUGAGACCCUAUCCAAUUCCACCAUUGUGGAGGCCCAGGUGGCUAAAAGCCUGAGCACGUCCCUUAACACGAACAUUGCUGGCGACCCGAACUAUGAUCUGAGCAAGCAGCGAUUAAGCAUUGUGAUUGGAGUAGUUUCAGGCAUCAUGACUGUCAUUCUCAUCAUUCUUGUUGUUGUCAUGGCUCGCUAUUGCCGCCCUAAAAAUAAGAAUGGCUAUGAGGCUGGCAAGAAGGAUCACGAGGACUUCUUUACACCACAACAGCAUGACAAAUCCAAGAAGCCCAAGAAAGAUAAGAAGAAACAGAAGUCCAAACAGCCUCUUUAUAGCAGUAUUGUAACAGUCGAGGCCUCCAAACCCAACGGGCAGCGGUACGAUGGCGUCAACGAGAAGCUUUCGGACAGUCCCGGCAUGGGUCGUUAUCGCUCUGUCAACGGUGGACCAGGAAGCCCGGACCUGGCACGGCACUACAAGUCCAGUUCACCUCUCCCCACUGUUCAGCUUCAUCCACAGUCACCAACAGCUGGAAAAAAGCACCAGGCAGUUCAGGACCUGCCCCCUGCAAAUACCUUUGUUGGCACCGGAGAUAACAUUUCCCUUGGAUCUGACCAUUGCUCUGAGUACAGCACUCAAACCAUCAACAAGUACAACAAACAGCCGUUCCGUCGAGUGACCUUCUCAGUGGUGAGCCAGCCCCAGGACCCUCACCAGCAGGGAUCGCUGCAGAGCUGCUACGACAGCGGCCUGGAUGAGUCGGAGACACCCAGCAGCAAGAGCUCUUCGGGCCCCCGCCUGGGCGCCCUUCCCCUGCCCGAGGACAGCUACGAGAGGACAACGCCGGAUGGCAGUGUCGGUGAGGCAGAGCACAUGGAAAAUGACUCGCGGCCAUUGCCUGACGUAGCCAUGACUGGCAAAUGCACCAGGGAGUGCAACGAGUAUGGCCACUCGGACUCCUGCUGGAUGCCUGUGCGCACGUCGCCAGAGCGACGGCCUUCCAAGUCGACCGCCAACCCCCAACAACCAAAGCUUUCCACCCUCAUGACCGGAAAUGGCAGCAGCAGCAGCAGCAGCAGCAGCAGCAGUAGUGUCGAACAGCCUGGCAGCCAAGAGACCCUCGCCAUGGCCGCCAUGGCCAACGGGGAUCCCACAGCUACUCACAUGAUGGGAGAUCGCAAUCGCAACCUGCUCAACAAGAAGAUGGCCUCCUCCUCUUCCUCCUAUGAGGCCUUUGGUUCACCUUCUUACGUCUCCCCAGGAGGACGUGAGGAGACACUGGGACACCCCACUGAGGAGAUCCCCCUCGCACCCACUGGAGAGUACAAACCAACAUCCUGUGGUACGCUAACACGGCGGGAGGUGUACCUGUGAGCUUGAGGGUCAAAAUGCAGCUUGGGUGUCACAGCCUGUGGCAUUUACCAUACACUACUAAGCAUAGCUGCUUCCCCAUCACCGUUACAGCUCUAGGAGUUUUUUUAGCCACAAAGUAGGACUAAACCUUCUUUGGAUACAUAAACAUAGAAACAUUUUAUAAAAGUGCUCAUUUUAGCCACAAAGUGGAGGAGAGGAGGAGGAGAAACGUUCAGUGAGGCUACUCUACUGACUUUGUUGCGCUCUUGGAAGACAGUCUGCUGCCUGAAAGUCAAUCUGUACAGUUAAUCAACCCAUUUCAGACACACAGCACACGCAUGAGUACUCUCUGUUCCCACUGGAAACCCAUUUCUUUAUUAUAACAGUGUGUAAAUGACUCAAUAUUUCCUCUUUCCCCCUUAUUUUAUUUGUUUUUUAGAAUCAAUGCUGUACAUGCAGACCCUUCUGACUUUGGAGUCUGCCUGGAUUAGCCUUUUUUUUUAAUUUAGAACAAUGCAACAAAUAGUCUGGCCAAGAUUCUCUGUGGCGAAAGAACAAACCAGUGAUCAGUCACGCUGACCAUGGAAAUCUGUCAUCUUUUAGUGUUUGUAAUCAAGUUGCAAACCCAAACUUGACCAAUACUGAAUCUUCUAAGGACUGAAAAGACUAAGCUUUAAAAUACUGUCCUCUCUUUGGCUAUUAGUUAGGAAAGGGACACCAAAGGACUUUGCUGCAACUCUACUUUGGCUGGACCCUUUGAUGGACUACAACAAACUUUGUGAUGACCGACCAACAGCGCAAACACGUUUCACAGGUGUCAAUUGGUGUACAUAAGCAUUGGACAAUAGUGACAGUGCUAACUGCUCUCAUUCCUUUUGUUCCCCCCUCCUGUUCUUUUUAUGUCUUAAUUGGUGAGAAUUAGACCAAACGCCUCGUGAGAAAUGCAAGACCAUACGCCUACAAUCACAUUAACUCAAACCACGGUGUUGUUAAUCUUAUCACAUUAGUGGGAUGGUACAUUUUGUACCAAGUUAUGUCCGUUUUGGCAAAAUGAUGACCCAUACUUGCAGAAAUUAUUUUACUUCUGCCGGAUUAAAUAUCUACCCAUAGAUUCAUGAUAGACUGAAGAAGAGCGCACAUACAGUUGAGAGUGUUGAACAAUGGCAAAGACAGCCUUUUAUAUUUUUUUAGUGUGUGUGUGUGUGUGUGUUAUUGGACUGAGCAAUAAAUUCCAUGAUGUUUAUGAGGCAAACAAGCAUUAACCUCUUUUCCACUCUCUCUCCCAAAGCCUUCAAGGUUACGAAAGCCCAUGAUCCUAAUCACCUGUGCCCAAGAAUCCUUUAAGCACUCGUAGUUGUUGCUUUUCGUUGCAUGAAUGUAAGAAUGAGCUCAGUAGAGAACAAUCAAAAAGCAACGUCUGUAUGAGCAGACACCACCAUGAGGUGUUAGGGUCAAAAGUAAUUUGGUGUCAAAUGGAAAAACCAAAACUUCCUCUAAAUGGAUGACGCAUUACACACUUCACAUAAACAAGGAAAGAGGUUUUUCUUGGAGAACUUUGCUUUAAGUACACUUUUUUAUUUUUUUAAAUGAAGGAUUGAAUGGUAAGAAUGUGAUGUCUCAAUGAAACACCCAUUAAACCCUUAGAGCCGAUGCGUUACAAACACACACGUAAUGUUAGGGUGCUGUGCCUCGCUGUAUACUGUUUUGGUUAUUCAUUUUAUUGUUAUGGGGUUUUUUUCUUUUGCAGCUGCAGAGGCACAUAUCUCACCACUGUAAUUAAAAAGAAUAUCAGAUGCAAUGGAACUUUUUUGUAUGUUAGCAAAACCCAUUUUGGUUGGACUGGAGGUGCUUAUUUCAAUGCACUCUGGCAAUCUAUAGUCUGUAAGUACUACUUGUGAAAGAAAGUGCUCCUAUACUUAUCAACUGUAUACAUGAAUAUUUACUUUUUACUUGCACGUUUAAUGGCAACUUACUUCACUUAAUGAGAAGGAAGAUGAUAUAAAAAACUGUAAAACAAAAUGUACAAAAAAAUGUUUUUCCUGUAAACACAGAACCCCAUCUUCUUUGCUUGCAUUUGUUUAUACCCAAUAAGACAUUGCCCAUUUAACUAUUGGUACAUUAAAAGGUCCUUUUUUUUUUACCCAUGAAAGACUUUGAUUGUCUCGUAUCACGAAAACAUCCAAUGUUUGUUUUAUAUCAGCUGUACUUCAUUAGAUCUGACUUCUCAACUCAUUAUAUUUGCUCCCCCCCCCCCACCCAUCGGUUAUUUACACGGCUAAAACGAUGGAAACGAUCAAGACGAUGUACUCUGCUUUACUUUCUUUUAUUUGGUGUCACUUUGUAUAUUUAGAGUGCUUCUGGAAAAAAAAAGGAAAAAUCUUUUAAAAAUACUCAUAAAAAUAUUGGAGUGAAUGCAAAUAUGCAAUUGUGCCUUUUUAUACCAACCGGUAUGAUUUAAAUGUUUUUUGGAAUGGUGCAAAAACGAUUACACUGCUCACAAAAGAAGAUGCGUUGGCAUUUAAGGUCUGAAAUACAUUUGCAUAUCUUAGAUGAAAUCUCAUGAUGUCAAACUUUUAUUUUCUAUUUUCAUAGGAUGAUCAAAUGUCAGUGAGCCCAUAGGUCCAACAUUUCCACAACCCUUUUUUUUUAGCUUUUACCGAAUGAGUAUCACUUCAUUUAAAACUUGCUUGUUGGUGGAAGUAAUAAUGAUAUAAUCGACUUUUUUCUGUCGUGUUCUGCUCAUGUGUCAUUGAAAGGUCAAAUAACCUUCUUUGUGCAUGAAACAAGCGCUAAGACUGAAAAUAAAAGCUCUGGAUGAUAGAAGAAAGGAAAGAGAGGGGAAAGAAAAAGAAAAAUGCUCGGAGACAUUUGACUGCUCAGAAUUGAGGGAGCCAAGAGAUAAAAAUGCUAAUGUGACGGUUUACUAGGAGGCAUGAAUACACGGGAGGGUGGGGUAGGGGUAGGGCCUGCAAGGGAGAGCAGCUGACAGAAUACACACCUCGGGAUGUGUUGUGCAACUUUACGGUAUAUGCAUAUCUCAGAGAUGAUGGUGAUGAAACCCUGCAUGACAAAUAAGCACGCUGCAGGGUUUGCUGUGAUACUGCAAGGUGACGCUUUGAAUUCCUACAUCAGAUAAAGUGAAAACAGAGAGUCUGCAGAGUGUAAAAGAAGAGAAGUGAAAGAAACGUUGCCAUACACUGGCACCUACAUUGAGUGCAAUCGGCACUCCAUCUUUUCUGAGUAAUGAUAGGCUUGGUGGGUUGUUAUUUUCUGAUACACUGAGGUAACAGAGGCAGAAAUCUGAACGAUGGUGCGUGUCGGAAUUCCCAACGCUUGACAGAAAACAUGUUCUUAACCCCACCGGAGGUGUGUGUGCUCGACCGCCGCUCUCCUCCCUUUGUAGACCAUUCACAGCGUGUAAUGAGAUUUUGUAAUAUUACCCAUUACUAUUUGUCCUGCGACUUGGAUGUCGAUAUAGAAACUGAGGAACGAAUUUAUCAUCGUUUAAUAUGAGUCACUAUGCACGCAGCUUAGCUGAACAUGGCAAAGUGUAUUGAACGCAAGUCCACUUCUAUUUAUGAGAUAUUUUACAUAAUUUAAUUUUGCUUUUGUACAGGUUUGUGUAAAUAAACUGCUUGUCAUUUUUGUCUCUGCAGAAAUUAAAAUAUAACAUGGUAAAACAA